GGGCACUGAGGAGAGAAGUGACCGAACCAUGGAGCUGGGGAGGUGAUGUCCCUCCUGGGGGGACGGGAAGAGAGAGAGCGAGACUCUUCUUAGGAGGGAGUGAAAGGACUGAUCUGCAUUAAAAUUGGUAUCACAAGGGCACAAACAAGCUCAACAUUCUGUGAUUUCCUAAUAAAAAGAACAAUAAAAAAGAAGGCUCAGCAGAUGGUUGAAGACAUUUUAAUCCCUCUGUAUGUGAAGACGUAAAAGUGGAUAUUGUCUCAGAUCAAAUAUGCAUAACAAAAGAACUUGUGUAAGAUUAUUUGAUUUAACAAACAGUGCUUACAUCAUACUAAAUCCCCAUGCUUCAUAGAGACCGGCACAGUUCUGUGUUUGCCUUCCUCAUACAGGUAGUUCCAUUGAAAUCAACAGGACACCUAGUGUGAAUAGUACUGAUCCAAGUGGGAUUGCCCCUGAAGAGUUUGCUCCAGGACUUCCAGGCUGGACUCCAGGACUGAGAAAUAGAAUGUUUCAUGUCUAACAGAGACAGACUGGAUUUGGAGGAUGAAAUCCAGCCUAAUGCAUUUGAUUCCUCCAGUGAGUAGGGACAGAAUAAUCUCCCACUUCCCCAAGUGGUACACACCAGAGGCCUGUCUCCAGUUCAAAGACCACUUCCAUGCACUGGUCAGGAGUGCCUGUCAGCAACACAACACUGGGACGGUUGGGCUGAAAAUAUCCAAAGUGGUUGUGGUUGGAGACCUCUAUGUUGGGAAAACCAGCCUCAUCAACAGGUUUUGUAAAGAUAUUUUUGAUCGAGACUACAAGGCAACCAUUGGAGUGGAUUUUGAAAUUGAGCGGUUUGAAAUAGCUGGAGUGCCAUAUAAUCUCCAGAUAUGGGACACAGCAGGUCAGGAAAAGUUCAAGUGCAUUGCAUCUGCUUACUACAGAGGAGCAGAGGUUAUUAUAACCGUGUUUGAUCUGGCUGAUAUCCAGAGUUUGGAUCACACGAAGCAGUGGCUAGAGGAUGCAUUGAGGGAGAAUGAGCCAGGGUCCAGCUUAAUCUUUCUGGUUGGAACAAAGAAAGAUUUAGUGUCAGGUGCCGCAUGUGAGCGGACAGAACUGGAUGCCAUUCGCUUUGCCAAUGAGAUGCAGGCUGAAUACUGGUCUGUCUCAGCAAAAACAGGGGAAAAUGUAAAGGAGUUUUUUUCUCGAGUUGCUGCUUUGGCCUUUGAACAGUCUAUGCUGAAGGAGCUGGAGAAGAGCAAUGGUCACAUGGCCCAGAUCGGGGCAGGAAACCUCAUAAAAAUAGAAGGAAAUUCACUGGAGACUCCAGAAAGCAACAGCCAAGCCAGCCUGAACUGCUGCUAGCUGCCAGUCAUUUCUGCAAGCAUCACACCUCCAUCUGCAUGUGCGUACACCUGCAUCGCGCACCUGCAGCAGGGAAAGCUCUCAAGCAGCUUCCAGUUGAGAGAUUGAAAGUCAGUUUAUCUCAGGAAAGAAUGGAGGAGCUGAAAAUGAUUCAAGCAACUUGCCUUCAGAGAGAUGAUCUCUCUUCCACCACUUGCUUUGUGCUCACCUUGUGCAGGCAGCACAGUGGUACAUAAACCUUGCUUGUGUGAUCACCCAAGGGAUGGCAAGCUGUCUUUACUCAAGGGGAUGGAAUCAACCCAACUUUUUCUCCUGCUACCAGGAGGACCUGUAAACAAUGUUCUGUACUUGUUUUGUGUACUUGGUAGCCACCAGAACUCUAGAAUCUUGGACAGUGAAGUCCUGGCCCUAUUCUUGUGGGAGCAGAAAACACAUGGCAGUGCUGAUUAUUGUGGUGCAUUUGAUCUGUUUUGUCUUUUAAACACAAAAUCCUUGAUCAAAAUUAUGCUGACUUGCACUCAAGCACACCUAGUUUACCAUGAUAGUACUGAGAGAAAUAUUCUUCUUGUAUCUGGGGUCAGGAUAUCUGGUUUCAGGAUAUCUGUCGAUCCUUUGUAAUUUUUAAGUCUAUACAUAUUCUUCUUUGAAUGGAUACAGACCAGAAUUCCACUCAGGUGUGUGUGUGACCAGUGUGCUGGAGUAGUACUCAUCAGAGCGACAGACAUGCCUUGAGCCUCCUCAUGGCUCCUCCCAAGGCUAUAUGAGGCUGAUGCUGCCCUGACCCCCCUCAGUCCCUUCUUAUCACUCAUGGCCUGAGUCGCAACUUCCCAUGUGGUUCUCCACAUGUUUUUUUUUCUGCUACAUAGUUAGCUCUUAGCUAUUUACAGAUUUAAUGAAGUUAUCAGUUAGCACCCUUUAGAUAGGUUUUUCUGUACGUUUUUUAUUUCUAGAGUAGUUUGUUGCUGGUGCUGAGCACCAGGGGCAUAGAGCACUCUCUGGGCUUCAAGCACUGCCCUUCACGUGGGGCAUCUCUUCCUAAUAAUGACCCCCCCCACACACACACACACAUAGGCCUUGUCUACAUUAGGGCGGUUAAGUUAACUUAAGUUAUGCAUUUUAAGUUGUGUCUUCAUCAGACCCACUAAAUCGAUGCCACUGCAUCAAUCGCAGCAGCGCCAAUUUAGCCCCUAGUGAAGACAAGCCCUAUGUGUGCUGUGUCUUGGUGAAGGACAUACCAAGGAGAGGUGUAGCAUUUGCCACUCCUUCAAGAAACACACUCAGAUUUCCAGGAUCUGCACCUUAUGCAGCAUCUCCUAGAACAGGCUGUGAGGUCUACCUCUGCAUUUGUGCCCGGCCAGAUUGCGCUGUAGGCAGUCAGCCACUACUAUGGUAAAGACUUCAGACAGGCUCUUGGGCUUGGACUCCUUUCCAAGGAGAAGGAGAGGUCAAUCUUUCUCUCUCGGGAUUCCUUGCACACAGACCCAUAGGACUAAUAAGAGCCACUCAAGCUCCAGGAGAGGCUCAACUUACACCGCAAAUAGGGGAUUGGUGUAACACAGAGUUUCACAGGGCACCUAGAGUAGGGCAGGGCUGUAAGCCCAUGUUUCCCCAGUAGCUAGGCGAACAGCUCCUGGUACCAUACCAUCGACUUUGGAUCUGUCAUCUCAGCAGCCAUCAAGUCUGGUACUGAUGGAUGCUGUCUCAGCACCACCUGUUUCAAUCCUUACAACUUCGCACAUACAUGAGGUGGUGAAUGACCUGCUCUGCCUAUCUAUUCCUGAUUUGCCAUUGAUCCAGGAGUCUGUGGGGCUGGUAUUACCUCUGGCUGUUCUGGACCCUCAACCUCUUUGGCACUGGAGCAGAGAAUGCUGUCAGCACUGAUACUGGUUAAAGGGACAAUCUAAGACAGUCUUAUCUGCACCAUCUGGUGCCUGGGUGUUCUCUACAUCAGGUCUUGGAUGCCCUACCCCUAAAAGUUUGAUUCUUUAGGAGCUAGGAUGAUCAUGUGUUAAAACAAGACCCAUGUAACAUGGAACAGAUUGUAUGAAAAUCAGAGGCAUUGGGAAAUAGAGUGAAGCAACUCUGUGCUGGAGAGUCUUCUGCUGUGUGGGCAGCCCCGACUUGGUGCCGUAGGGACUCCUGUUUAAACCUUGUUAGUUGUCCCUGCUGAUUUAAAUGGCACAGUAUUGUCAGAAAUAACUGUAAUACAUACCUGCUGGAUCAGUAUUUGUGAGACCGUUUUUACUAUGCAUGAUUAUUGUUUAUAAAUCUCUGAUCAGAUUGGUUUUGCUUAUUGAACUUCAGCAUAUACAGCAAAAGUACAAGGCAAACAUCAAGAAAUAACACCCAAGGAUACGUUCAAAGGAACUAGCUGAUAUCUAUGGUCAUACAUCAACAUAAAGAAAUGGACUUAAACUUCAUAUAGAACACACUGCAUUAUUCUUACACUCUUCUUUACUGGAACAAAUUUUAGAGAGGAAGAAGGAAUUUAAACAAGACAAUCUCUCACUGAUUUGUAACAUUCAGCCUCAAGUACCUAAUAGGCAGUAUUCCUCCAAACAUAAAAGAUGUAUUGUAAAACUUUCACCUACACGAAACCAGGAAAACUCGGAGCCAUAAAAAACUACUAUAAACAUUCUGAGUCAAUUAACGAAUCCACCUCAAGAAUCAAGCCAAGGCAUCAGACCACCAUUCCAGAAAUCUUGUUCACCAAUAAUUUGAUGUCCACAAAGCCCUAGGGCCAAUGAAAUCACUCUGAAUUUACACCAGCAUAAGUGAGAGCAGAAUGUUUCCCAUAAUGUACAGUAUACUCCUAGUACAAUGUUUUGGACGGAAAGAAAGCAGAAGCCCUAGGACAGUUAUUAAUUAUUAACCCCAUCAUGUAGUCACUACACAUGCAUCAGUAAACAGGGUGCUGAAUGUAACAAUCUAAAUGGAGCCUAAUGCCUCAAAACAUACCAAGGAAAAUAACAGAAAGACCUUGAUUAUAUAAAAAAUAAUCAGACACAAUGGGCCUGAUUUUCAGUUAUUCCAUUCCUGCAUUUAGAUAGGGAUGGGGGGAAAGUGAGGAGAAAUGUGGCUUAAAACUGUCUUUGUAUUUCCCAUAUUCUGUUUUGCUCACAGCAUAAAUUAGAACAGUCUCAUGGAAUUGUAUGUAUGCAACUUCUCUCUUCCUUUCCUCUUCAGACAAGGCUGUCAUUAGCAACCAUGCCAGUCCUGUUGGCACAGAAAAUGAGUGUACCAUUUGGUGGAGGAGGUGAAUAUGGGUGCCUGUGUAGAGUUAUCUAUCCAAAUGUGUAAUGUUUUGACCUUAUGAUAUUCUGUGUAGUUGUUUAUCUCUCAAAACUGUUUCAUGAGGAUGACUAAUAGAUGCUCCCUUAAACCAUGCUCAUUCCAUUCAGUGGACAGCAUGUGUAACUUCUUUGUGAUUACUGGGUUUGAAUCACUACUGGAUGGGUGAGUAGAAGGGGUGGCUUACUGUACUGGAGGAUACCAUAUAUGUAUAUAAUAUGAUGUCUUUCAGCAGAAGCAACCAACAUGCUUUGCAAGCAUAAACGAAUUGUCCCAUAAGCCCCCUUUUGAGGUACUAUAUUGUAGGUGAGUACUGUUAGCCUCAUUUACAGAGGUGUAAACUGAAGCUCACAAGGAUAACAGGCCUGAUUUUCAAACUGGGCCCCUAUUUUUGUGGGCAUAGUGCCUGAAAUAAUUUGGGCCCCAAAAUUUUCUAUCCCAGGUUCAGUCAUGCUUUGUCCUAGCAAUUCACUGUUGGUGCUGAGGUAUGGGCAUAAACUUGUGAUAGACAGAAAACUGUGCCUCUAAAAAUGGUUCUAAAAUCAGGCCUUAAGUGACUUGCCCACAGUCACACAGUGAGUCAGUGACAAAGCUGGGAAGAAGAAUAUUUUUUAAAUUGCCCUGCAAGUGUUGCUUUUAUUAUUGUUAGACUUUUGUGCAAAAACUCGUGGAUACAGUCUCUUCAGCAAUGCUAUGAUAUUGCUCUGAAAAUCAAAUGAGGCAGCUUUCCCACCUUAUGUCUGUGAAGAGUACGGGUCCUUUAAAACCACACAAUACCUUGGCCUCUAGGGAGCAUGAGAUUUGGUUCCAGAGGGCUCCUCUUUUCCCUUUUCUAUAUAUUGGAAAUACUGAACUUGGAAGAAAACUGCCUUUUAUUUUCUAGUAACAGAAAUGACACAGUAACUUGUGUCACUAUCAUUUUAUCUCUCUUCUACCUCCAAGAAUCACACUUAUAACAGCAGGACAAUAAAUAGCCUUCGGAAAGAGGCUAAUCCAUCCCAAUCAGUGAUGGAUGUUGCAAGGCCUGCCUUGAAAACCCCAUUGAGAUUUCCAGAGCACAGAGCCCACUUUUAAUAAUUGAUUCUGUAAAAAUGAAACUCAGAUCAUGUUACUAUUGAUGAAUUGCUUAGACGGGAACACAAGGAAAGGGUUCCAACUCUCUGAAAAGUAAACACCACUGUUCGUUUGUAAUUUCUUGGGCAGAUGUUCAUGUCUCUGGCCUAGAUUUUAGUUGUGUGUGUUUAAUUCAAACAAAAAGCCUAGUUGUUUUGAAGAAGCCUUUUAUAUAGUGAGUAAUAUGUCAGGAAAGAGGACAACUGUAUCAGUUCUGAAUGCCGGCUGUUUGUAGCAUUCCUAGAUAUAUUAACUCUGGAACUAGCUGGUGAAUCCCCCACAGUACAUUUGGCAACAAUGCCUGUCUCCUUUGGGGAUUUUUGUUGCAAAGAGUGUGGAGAAGGGUAGUGAUUGGGGGCCAUCCGAAGACAAAGCUUAAGGUGCUGGUGUAGUAAUUUUUCUCAGAACAAAUACCAAUGUGAUGCUUCUUUUUGUCUCAAUAAAUUGAAGUUAACGCGC